CCAGCCAGUUUCCGUUUCCAGGGUGAUUCAGUUGGCGGGUGAAAAGCGCCAAAUCAAAAAUACCAAGGAAAUAACAAUGAAAGUGUGAAGAGUCCGUGUGAUGAAAGACAACGCAUCUCAGUAUAAAUCGCUCCCCCUCACAUUUUAGCCUUUAACGUUGACCGGUUCACGUUACCUUCCUAGUAACAGACUCGUUCACUUUGUUCAAACAUGGAGGAACUGUUCAGCAAAGUGUUACAAGUGCUCGUGAGGUGCCGGGACAACGAGGAAAGGAAAGCAAAUAUCCGUGUCACAAUUGGGCUUCAGUUGGCAAGUUCAGUACACAAAAGGGAUCUUCUAGUAAAACUAACAGAUGAUGUAGAUCCAUAUUUUCUCUUCAACCUCUCUAUAUCAGAAGAAGAUUUCCAAAGUUUGAAAGUCCAGCAGGGACUUCUGAUAGACUUUGCAUCUUUCCCUCAGAAGUUUAUUGACCUUCUUAAUCUGUGCCAUUCUGAGCAAGAGUCAGACAAUCCAAGGUUUCUUCUGCACUUGUCAUGUCAGUCUCCAGUGCUUGAAGGGCCUGCCAACUUCAGCGUCGUGGAGACAAACGCAUUCAAACACCUGAACCACUUGUCUUUACGGCUCACUCAAGGCUCUGAUAAAGAGGUUAAAGAUUAUCUGGCAGUGUGUCUUUCCUCUCUGAAGGCAGAAAAGCAGGGUCUCGAGAUGAAGCUAAAGAAGACUGAAGAUGAUCUGUCCAGGCAGCUGAGUUAUGCUCAACAGACUCUGUCUGAGAAGACAAAAGAGUUGGACAAACUGCGUUCAGAGUGGACAAGUCAGUCCAGCUGUCUGUCAAGUCGUCAUUCUCAGGAGUUACAAUCAGAGAGAGAAAAGGCUGCAGAGUUACAGAGCAGACUUCAGCAGCAGGCUGAGAAGCUUCGCCAGGAGCUGGAGCGUGAACACAAGCAGAGCAGCCAGCAGCUUCAUAGCAGACUGACGGAGCUGGAGGCCUCCUGCAGAGAGCUGACAGAGAGAAAAUACAAGAACGAGUCUGUCAUCAGAGACCUGAAGAUUAAACUAGUGGGUACAGAGGAGGAGUGCCAGCGUUCGAAGCAGCAGGUCCUGUCUCUUAGGAGGGAGAACAGCACUCUGGACACAGAGGUCCAUGAGAAGGAGCGUUUGGUGAGCCAGCUGCAGAUGAGAGUGGCUGUUCUGGAACAGGAGAUCAAAGAUAAGGAUCAGCUCAUGCGACGCACAAAAGAGGUGCUGGAAGCCACUCAGGAGCAGAAGAAGUCAAUGGAAGAAAAUGCUGAAAGUAAAGAACUUCAGAUUAGAAAACUUGAAGCAACGGUGAAAUCACUGUCUGAGGAGCUGAUAAAGGCUAAUGGUAUCAUUAAGAAGCUGCAGGGGGAGGUACGGGUCCUAGUUGGAAAAAUAAAAGUGAAAAACACUGUGACUGUGUCCCAGGAGAAGGUCCUGCAAGACACAUCAGAAAAACUUCAGAAUGCUGAAAAGGAUCUCCGUAGCGCUCAGCAGCACCUCAUCACCAAGGACGAGGAGGUAUGUCUUUAUAUCAUGGAAACUUCACUGCAUUUAACGGUCUUUUGGCUUGUCUUUAUAAGUUGGCUUAACAAGCAGCUAAAUGAAAAGCAGAUGCCCAGAGAUCCACUGUCUCCUAAACCUUUUGAGAAUCCUUCAGUUUUAUCCACAACAACAGGAAUGAAGGCACAGUUUUAUCCUCAGACAGGCAAACCUGCUGUAUCUCCUGUGGCGGCUGAUAUCACUCCUGCUGAACAGCGAGCAGCGCAGCCAGCUAACAGACAGAUUGGAGACUCCGCAGGUCUGGAUUCUAAGUACUUUGACAGAAAAGAUGAUAGCAUCCCGAUCUACGGCCUGUCGUCUAAUCUGCUUCACAAAGAGUUCCCUCAGCGAACAAAGCCCUCCAUGGCCUCUGCGUACUUCUCUGCAUAAAGCAGAACCCAGCUACAUAUAAGGAUCAGCAAACAGAAAGUUUAUUCCAGCUUCAUCUUCCGCUUUAUGUGUGUUAGCUCCUGUACAAAACUGUUACUGAUAAAUAAAUGUUAUUAAAAAGCUAUUGUUAUUUUUAUGGGUGCUAAUGGUCUUAAAUGUCUAUUUUCUAUUUUGUGGUUCAAGUAAAUGCUGUCUGUAUGCUGAUCAUGGAGAAUGUAUAAAGUCUUCAAAUUAAAAUGAUUCACUUUUUUCUUAAUACAGUAAAUUGUGUUUGCCAUCGUUAA